CUAGGCCAGCUGAAGGUCAACAAAAAUGGGUGGAUCAUUAAAGAAUGGAUGACACAGCAGUCACUGACCUCACAGAGUCAACAUCUAAGCCGUCAGUAAACUGACUCAACCUGAUUAACCAGAAGACAUCAAGCUGAAAGAACCUCACAGUGGAUUUAUCUUCCUUUGGUGUAGAUGAAGGCAGUGAAUCCACAACAAAACCACAUUGAUGGAUUUUAUUGAGGACAUUCAUAACCCUAAUGCUGUGUCGUCUGAAAAAUAAGAGCAACAGAGUGAACUCAGUCAACUGCCACCAUAUAUUUGAGCCACGUGCACCAUGCAGUCAACAGGGUUGCUUUUUUCCCACACCUUCAGCUCUCUAGAUUUAUCAUGAUGCUAUUUUUGUCCGUUGCACUCCCAAAGUUCCCAGCCAACUGAUACUGACUGCGACAACAUGUCUCUACCCAAGCGGAGGAAAUUCAGGACUUUUGCUCUGUUGUUUUGUGUCAUUACAUUUACGACGUUCCUGUUCAGCUACACUUUCCGGGACCCGUCGUUCUAUUUCUUCAAGCAAGCCCUCCACUUGUCAGACAACUUUUUCUCCAAAGGGCUAUGUGCCUGUCAACAGUGCAUGACAGAGCUGGAGGACGACCCCUGGUUCACUGAGCACUUCAAUCAGUCCAUCCACCCUCUGAUGACCAGGGAGAACAGCGUCCUCUCUGAUGAAACCUUUAAAUGGUGGCAGUGGUUGCAGUCAGAGAGGCAGCCGGCCAACUUCACUGAAGUGGUGGAGGAGCUGUUCCAAGUCAUCCCUGAUGAGGUGCUUUUCAUGGACGCCAGCCCUGAGCGCUGCAGGACCUGUUCCGUCGUGGGGAACUCUGGAAACCUAAAGGGGUCUCAGUAUGGCAGCAUCAUUGACUCCAGUGAUUUCAUCAUAAGAAUGAAUCAAGCUCCCACUGCUGGUUUUGAGGAGGAUGUGGGCGCCAGAACAACUCUUCAUGUCAUGUAUCCAGAAAGUGCCAUAGACCUGGACAACACCACCAGUCUGGUGCUCAUCCCUUUCAAGACUCUGGACCUUCAGUGGCUCAUUAGUGCCCUGACCACAGGCAACAUUAAACACACAUAUAUACCAGUUAUAUCCAGGAUAAAGGCAAAUAAAGAUAAGGUGUUGAUUUACAGUCCAACAUUUUUUAAGUACGUCUACGAGUCUUGGCUUGAAGGUCACGGGCGAUACCCUUCGACCGGCUUCCUCAGCUUGCUGCUCGCUGUUCACAUAUGUGAUGAGGUCAGAGUGUUUGGAUUCGGUGCAGACCAGUAUGGAAACUGGCACCACUACUGGGAGGAGAACCAUUUGGCUGGAGCUUUCCGACACACGGGUGUCCAUGAUGGAGAUUAUGAGUAUAAUGUCACCCUGUUGCUGGCAGACAAGCACAAAAUCCGAAUGUUUAAAGGCAGAUGAUACCGAGCCCAUAUGUGCAGUUGGAUGACCACCAAAUGAACCUCAGCAGCCUUGUAUUAUUAAUUUUCCCGUCGCCUCAUACUUUUUUUGUCAUGAUUUCCAAAGCCGUUUUCUCAUGAACUCUUCUGGUCUUUCCGGUCUGAUGUUCUCCUUCAUGUCUCUUACUGACAAAGGUUGUCUCCAAACCUGUGUCAUGAUCCAUCAUCAGGACAAAAGUGACACUGCCACUUGUUUCAUUAACUGUAAUCCCAAGUCAAACAUGUCUGGGAGUGAAUAGACAAGAAGACAAGUUGUCUUUUAAAGCAUGCUAUACAUGAUUUGUAGCCUACAUUGUUUUAGUGCUAUUAUGUAGUAUGUAUGUAUUCUUAACGUUCUUUGUUCAGUACAGUGGGCAGCAUUAUGGCCACUUCUUUGUUAAUGGUCAAUGGGUUGACACGAAAUAAGCUCAUUGACAAAGCUGAAAGUAUUGCUCCACAACACUUCACCACUUUAUCAUUUCGUGUCAGGAUAUUGCUAUGGAUGUGGUGGUGGUGGAGGUGUUUUAUAUUAUAAUGGCAGGUAUGGGAGGUAAUCGGCUCUUUUUCCAUUGUGCUGGCGGCUUCUGACAAAAAUCUCAUAAACUACCUGCACUACAGAGCUACUUACAUCUUGCUUGCCUGAUUGCAGCUGUAAAUGUAGUUCACCAAUGCCAAAACACUUUAAAAUCAAGCCCCAAAUCAGCCCCAAAUCAGCCCCAAAUUUCAUACCUAAAUUGCAACCUGAUACCAAAUUAUUCACUGACUUUGCCAGUAAAGUAAGGAUUUUUUUAAAACAUAAACUCCCUCCAGCUGAAAGGUAGUUACUUCCCUGAUUACCCAUGAUGAAAUAGCUCAGUGUUAAUGUGCAGCAGAACAUGCACAUAGCUGCAGCUAUGAGCACAAUGUAACAAAGAAGAGAAAGUGCUAAAGCGGUGCCAAAAAUGGCAUCAAAACGCCCCAAGAAAUCUAGGAUUACAUGCCUUAACAUUUUUUGGGUUAAAUUUUAGAGUGUCCCUUGGCCCCCAAAGGACUCUACUGGAGACCAUGUGUAAGAAUGGCACUAUGGGGAAGCAACCCAUUAGAGGUUUUAAAUGGAGUUCUGCUUGAGGCGUAACACAACUACAAAGUACUCGUCAACAGUCAUUCAUCAUGAAAAACUGAUAAAAUAGCAGCCCAUACGUAUGAGAGUAUAAUACAGCCUAUACAAAGGUGCCUUAUCAUUAAAAUCAGUGAUGUACUGUACAGUUUUUAAUGUACAUUGUGACACGUUUUGAUGAAAAGUCGUUGCAAAGUGCCUUUAAUGAGUUUGGUUUUUUAAGAUUCAUUUUACCACAAAAUUUUACUGUAUUAUAAGUAUCAUUAUUAUCACGCAAUUUGUAAGUAACCUUCACAAGCUUAUGUUAUUGUUUUGUUAACAGUGUAAAUUUUAAGGAAUCAUGUGCAUGAUACAUAUAGUAAUUUUAAAUAUUUGCCAGUAGGAUUCUUUAAUGUAUAUGCCACAGUACAAAAUGUUGGGUGUAUAUCAACUCGUUUUGAUAAGACGCAGCCACGUAUGUUUUGUCCAGGCUUGAAAUUAUAAGCUGCACUUACUGAACUUGUUGUAUAUGUGUGAAUACUGAAUGCUUCAAGAAAUACAGAAGCCCUUCUGCCAUAGUAUCAUGUUCACCAGCAAAUCUCUGAUCUGAAAGGUUAUUUCAGAUUGGUCAGGAGUUGAGCUUGGUGAUGCUUGUCUAAUAUUCUAUGAUUUGCUCCAUGUGCCUUGAAACAUAAUGGGACAUUUGCCCAUCCAGUGUCUUUUUUUAUCAUUUUCUUCUUCCGGUGAAAGCAGACUGAUAAGAAGAGAACCAACCACAAGUACAAGUAUUUGUUCAGUUCAGAUUUGUCUGCCACCAUGUUUGCAUACUGCCGCCACAGAGGACAGCAGCGUACGCUUGUUCUGCAGGGGACAGUGUCCCCUAGUGGACAGGAACAUGUAUCAGCAUCACCUGAACUGUCUAUUACAGGAAAAGGUAUUAAAUGAUACAUUAUUCAUUGUUAAAUAUUCAAAUAUCAUUAAAAAGGAUAUUACAUGCGUGUAGUUAAAUAAAAACCCAUUAAAGCUGCUCUAUCAGAAAAAUCUGUCUUUUUCUAAUUGUAUUUAUUUUUCAU